AUGUGGGUAAGUGAAAGAAAAGCAAUUGAUUAAGAAGCUUAUUCUUAAGUAGUUAAGCUGCAGUCUGGAAUAAUGGAUCUCCUCUAUUAAUAAAAAAUAUCAAAACAAAACUAUAAAAUUUUCGUUAAAUAAAUCUUGGAACUAGCCAACAUACUUCUAGUACUCUCUUAAUUUCCAUUACAAAGAACUCCUAUUAUGAAGCAUUACUUUAAGAAAACAAUUCUAAAUACUUGCACCAAUUUAUAAAUAUAAAUGUCCCCAUUUUACUUAUUGAAAAAUAUAUUGAGUCGAAUUAGAUCUGUUAAAAAUUUUAUCUGGGAAGAGCUAAAAAUUGUUAAUGAAGAGGAUAGGGUCAAAAUGGAUAAUUUUAAUGAAUUUUAGGAUUUGGAGAAAUCUUUAGAUUGCUUAAAUAAACUAGAUGAUAAGGAUCAGUCAUAACUUGCUAAAUAGUUAGUUGAACUAGACAUAUACAUAUAUGAUAAAGUUGAUUUAAGUAGUAACCUAGACCUCAAAGUAAUUCAGGCUAUGAAUGAAAGAGCUAAAAUUCCUAUUAAAAAAUGA